GCUUGUGAACUGGUAUUAGUGCACUUGGAAACCGAGAUUUCAGCGCACAGAGGGAAGUUGAAGGUGAUUUCAAAGUUAACAACAAUUGAUGUGUGCCUGAAGAUGGAACCAGAGCAGGUGCCUCAAAACCAUGUGCAUAGGGUUGCUGCCUUCGUGCCACACCCCCCUAGCAAACCAGCAGAACACAAGUUACCCCCAUUGCAAAGUAACAGGAGCAAACCCCCCCGUCUCAGGAAGUAUCCUGUGAUGGAGCAGAAAGGAUACUACUCUGAGCUCAUCACUACGGCUGCCAAACCACAUGUCCAGUCUUAUACAGAGGGGCCAGAGACCCAACAGAGUUUACUGUGCCAAGCAGGCUAUGAGUCUAACACUCCAAGAGUAACCACAUUCCAGCCUCCGUCUGACCUGCACAGCUUGGUUGAGAUGGACAGGCACGGACCCACCAUUCAGCCACAGCAGCCGGCUGCCUUCUCCUCUGCAGGUUACACAGCCAAGGUCCAGAUGCCCUACCACAGCCGGCCUGGAGAGUGUUCCCGCAAGAUAGAGAUAGAGAGGCGCAGACGAGAGUAUCUAAAGCUGGACAUUGCCCAGCUCCUGAAAGAGAAAGGCAUAGACUCCAACCUCCUGCUUCCUCGACACCAGAGCAGUGAGCAAGAUGUGACCACCCUAGAGAAUCCACUCCCACCUGUCUCAAACUACCUGCCUCUGGAAGUGUUUGACAAUGAGGAGUUUGACUGUCGCACUCCUGAAGACUGGCUUGCCCUGGGAUAUGAGAAAGCAUCAACUGAUCGUAAACCAAUACCUGGCAACGCUCUGCUUCCCACCACGGACAAGAUACCACCAGAGGACCCCAAAAGCCCCACCCUUGAGUACCGCUGGCAGUUGGUUGGGGUUCUUGACUACAACCAGGAGAAAAAACUUUAUUUGGUCCAGAAAUCUGACAAGAACGGUACAGUGCAAGAUGCUGAGGGGAAACCGGUCCUUAACGGAGGACAGAAAUCUAAAGGAGGGCUAUUCCAGCUGACAGCCACCCAGUACUGGGUCCCCAGAAUCAGGCUGCUGUUCAGUGCAGAGGACCCUAGCCUGUUUGCCCAGCGGGUGCAAUUUGCCCAGCACUGGAGACAGAACACAGAAGCACUGCUGCUCUACCACCUGUCUGUAGACUGUAUGCCAGUGUGGAGCGGCAACCCGUCUCUGAACGCCCAAAGCCUUGCCCGGGUCAAAGAGCAUGCCCUCUCCACACCUGGCCUCAGACUCAAACUGCUACCGGACUGUAUUGUACGACUGGAGAGAGAGAUCAGUCUGGAGUAUGACCGCACCAUGAACCGGAUCAGCUUCGAUCGGGUUGUCUUCACCAACCCAGAGGAGUUUGCACACAUCACACUGCCCCAGAGAGAGCCAGAACAUGUGCCUCAGAAAGGCUUAGUCCCUGUCCCUCCCCACCCCUUUGAAAAGAACCGCGCUGCAUUUGCCUUCCACUCCCUGCUCACCAAGCCCGAGGUGAUCUCUGCCUUAUCCAGAGUGCGUGGCGAGUGCAACAGGGUGGCAGCCAUGAGUCUGUUCUAUGUCACCUUCACCAAGUCGUUGCGUCUGGAGGAGUUUGAACUGGCCCAGUCUCAGACACAUGCUCAGGUGCAGCUCUUCCUACGGGACUCGUGGGUGACCGCCCUGUGCAACGGGGUCCGGGCCAGCCUCAGGGACGUGGGCCCCGGCUGGUUCCGCCUGACCGAGUCCCGCUGGGAGGUGUACAGGAUGUCCAAGCUGUGCAGCCUCAUGGCCAGGGUGCGUUACAGCAUGCAGGACUCUCUGCGCUUCCUGGUGCAGGACUCACUGGUCAGCCUGGCUCAGCUGCUGCUGGACGCCUGCCAGAGCGUCCUCCACUGCCCGCCGGACCUGACCUGGGGCUCGGACCUCAUCAGCAGCCCCUACAAGCCGAAGAGGAACCCGCUGUUCUUGGUUGACCUGGUUCUGGAUGUGACCGGGGUUCAUUACAGCACUCCCCUGGAGAGCUUCGAGACCUCCGUCAUCAGCAUCUUUGAUAAGGGGAUCCUCUCCACGCACAGCGUGCCCCAGCUGGAUAAGUUUGUGAUGCAGAACAUGUUUGUCAGCGGCACCCCGGUGUUGGACUCGGUGGGUCUGUGGGAGCCCGCGGCGGCCGAGCUCAGGGAGAGGGUCCGCACGGCCCUGCGCCAGGCUGCCACGCCCCUCCGGGCCUACGCCCGCCAGUAUGAGACGCACUUAGAGCUGCACAACUCCGACAUAGAGACCUUCCUUAAAGCCCACAGCCAGCCGGAGCAGACUCCCCAGGAGGUGAAGAAGGAGGUGGUCCAGCACCUGAAGGAGAAGGAGCGUCUGGACCGCUCCCUCCCAGCCUCCAUAGUCAUCGGCCCGUUCACCGUCAGUGUGGAGAGUGUCCGCCAGAACCUGUCCAAGAAACGCAGAGCCCUGGCCAACGCCGUUCUGGACCGACUCGCCCUCAAGCUCCGCAAGCAGGUUGACCACGCAUGUGAAGAGUGUAAGUCUAUCAGCAGGAAGCUGCAUGAGAAACCCAACAGCAUCGAGGAGCUGACAGACAAACGGGAAUGGAUGAAAAAGAUCCCAGACCAGCUCAAGGCCCAUGAGGAAACUCUAACUAAAGCUGUGUCGGACUAUGAUUUGAUGGACGAAUUCUUCUAUUGCCUGUCGAAUGAAGACUUUAAUGUAAAGUGGACGGCCAUGGCAUGGCCACAUAGGAUUGGGACUCAGAUGGAGGCUGUGUCGGCCCAGCAUGUGGAGGACGAAGAGCACUUCCACAAGAUCCAGCUGGUUGACCAGAACAACUUCCAGGAACGCCUGGACUCCCUGCAGAUGUUGGUGGCCGGCUUCACCGCGUACACGGAUGUCAGCCGAGCACACGAGGUGGCUAACGAGGUGCGUCGGGUGGGCAAACAGCUGAAGGAGUCCCAGGCCAUGGCCCAGACGUACAACAACCGGGAGCGUCUCUUUGGCGUCCCUAUCACCAACUAUGACCGUCUGCAGAAGCUGGUCAAGGACUUCCAGCCAUUCAAAGACCUGUGGAUCACCACGUCUGACUGGCUGCGCUGGCAUGACAGUUGGCACAACGACCCUCUGUCCACCAUCGACCCUGAGCAGCUGGAGAGGAACGUCACGGACGCCAUGAAGACCAUGCACAAAUGUGUCAAAAUGUUCAAGGACAUCCCUGCAUGUCAGGGUGUGGCGUGUGACAUCCGGGGGAAGAUCGAGGUCUUCCGUCCACACAUCCCUCUGAUCCAGGGUCUGAGGAACCCCGGGAUGAGAGGCCGACACUGGCAGCUUCUGUCAGAAUGCAUCCAAAUGAACGUCAAGCCCAAGGCCAACCUCACCUUCUCCCGCUGCCUGGAGCUGGGCCUGCAGAACCACGCGGGGGAGAUAUCCCGGGUGGCCGAGGUGGCGGGGAAAGAGUACGCCAUCGAACAGGCUCUGGAUAAGAUGGAACGUGAGUGGUCGACAGUGGCCUUCGAGGUGCUACCCUACAAGGAAACCGGCACCUACAUUCUGAAGAGCCCAGACGAGGCUUCCCAGCUGCUGGAUGACCACAUCGUCAUGACCCAGAGCAUGUCCUUCUCUCCGUACAAGAAACCCUUUGAGGAGCGCAUCGUCACCUGGGAGAGCAAGCUCAGGAUGACUCAGGAUGUGCUGGAGGAGUGGCUGACAUGCCAGCGCUCCUGGCUCUACCUGGAGCCCAUCUUCAGCUCGGACGACAUCAACCGCCAGCUGCCUGUGGAGGGCAAGAGGUACCAGACCAUGGAACGCAUCUGGAGGAAGGUGAUGAAGAGCGCCUACGACAACUGUCAGGUGAUCGACCUGUGUCCAGAACCCCGUCUGUUAGACUGUCUGAAGGACUGCAACAAGCUGUUGGAGCUGGUGCAGAAGGGUCUGAGUGAUUACCUGGAGACUAAACGUGGGGCCUUCCCCAGGUUCUACUUCUUGUCAGACGAUGAGCUCCUGGAGAUUCUUUCCCAGACCAAGGAUCCCACAGCAGUACAGCCUCAUCUGCGUAAAUGCUUCGAGAACGUUGCACGGCUUAAGUUCCAGCCAGACCUGCAGAUCACUCAUAUGUACUCCGGGGAGGGGGAGGAGGUUGAGCUCUGCCUGCCGGUGAUGCCUGUUGGGAAUGUGGAGGACUGGUUGAGGGAGGUGGAGAGGUCCAUGAAGGCCUGUCUGAAGGACAACAUUGAACGCUCGCUGAAGGUCUACCCUCAGCAACGGCGUGUUGAGUGGGUGUUAUCAUGGCCGGGGCAGGUGGUCAUCGCUGGCUGUCAGACCUUCUGGACCACAGAGGUGUCUGAGGCCCUGGAGCAGGGAGACCUAACCGAGCGACUUUACCCCCGGCUACAGACACAGCUGGGAGAUCUGGUGAAGCUCGUCAGGGGCCAUGUGUCUAAGAUGCAGAGAGCUGUUCUGUCUGCCCUCAUCGUCAUAGAGGUCCACGCCAAGGAUGUGGUGGCCAAGCUCGUGGACGAGGGCGUCUCCAGCGUCAAUGACUUUGAGUGGAUCAGCCAGCUCAGGUAUUACUGGGCUCGGAAUGACCUGUAUAUCCGGGCAGUGAAUGCAGAGUUCUUGUAUGGAUACGAGUAUCUGGGCAACUCAGGACGCCUGGUCAUCACCCCGCUGACCGACAGGUGCUACCUGACCUUGACUGGGGCCCUGCAUCUGAAGUUUGGAGGAGCCCCUGCAGGUCCAGCAGGGACUGGGAAGACAGAGACCACUAAAGACCUGGGGAAGGCCCUGGCCAUCCAGACUGUUGUGUUUAACUGUUCUGAUCAGCUUGACUUCAUGGCCAUGGGCAAGUUCCUCAAGGGCCUGGCCAGUUCGGGUGCGUGGGCGUGUUUUGACGAGUUUAACCGCAUCGAUGUGGAGGUUUUGUCAGUGGUGGCCCAGCAGAUCACCACAAUCAAUACUGCCCAGCAUCAGAAGGCGGAGCGCUUUAUGUUUGAGGGGGUGGAAAUCCCGCUAGUUCCGUCUUGUGCUGUUUUUAUCACCAUGAACCCUGGUUACGCUGGCCGCACUGAACUACCAGAUAACCUUAAGGCACUGUUCCGUCCUGUUGCCAUGAUGGUUCCUGAUUAUGCUAUGAUUGCUGAGAUCUCGCUCUACUCAUUUGGCUUUAACAAUGCUAAAGUCCUCUCUAAGAAGAUUACCACCACCUUCAAACUGUCUUCUGAGCAGCUCAGCUCCCAGGAUCAUUAUGACUUUGGUAUGAGAGCUGUGAAGACUGUGAUUUCUGCUGCUGGAAAUCUGAAGAGGGAGAACCCAGAAAUGGAUGAGGAACUGAUCUGUUUGCGGGCCAUACGAGAUGUCAAUAUCCCCAAGUUCCUCCAAGACGACCUGAAACUCUUCAACGGCAUCGUAUCUGAUCUCUUCCCCAAGAUCCGAGAGCAGCCGAUCGACUACGGCACCCUGGAGAUGUCGAUACGCAACGUCUGUGCUGCGAAGAAUCUCAAGGAUGUGGAUGGAUACAUCACCAAGUGUAUUCAGCUGUAUGAGACCACUGUAGUGAGACAUGGACUGAUGUUGGUGGGACCGUCUGGCUCGGGAAAAACCAAGUGUUAUGAGGUCCUAGGGGCGGCGAUCACAGCUCUGCAGGGCCAGGUUUCUGUUAGUGGGGGCGUGUACGAGGCCGUGCAGGUCUACGUCCUCAACCCCAAGUCCAUCACCAUGGGACAGCUCUACGGAGAGUUUGACCUGCUGACACAUGAAUGGUCGGAUGGCAUCCUGUCCUCUCUGAUCCGCGGCGGGGCGUGCUCCGAGGACCAGGAGAAGAAGUGGUACAUGUUCGACGGCCCAGUGGAUGCCGUGUGGAUCGAGAACAUGAACACUGUGCUGGAUGACAACAAAAAACUCUGCCUGAGCUCUGGAGAGAUCAUCAAACUCACAGACGUUCAGACCAUGAUGUUCGAGGUGCAGGACCUGGCCGUGGCUUCCCCAGCCACCGUGUCUCGUUGUGGGAUGGUGUAUCUGGAGCCCAGCAUCCUGGGCCUCACGCCCUUCACUGAGUGCUGGCUGAGAACACUCCCCGAGCCCUUGAAGCCCCACGCAGAACAGCUCAAUUCCCUCUUCAACAGGUUCCUCCAGGAUUCCAUUACGUUUGUAAGGAAAUCCGUAAAAGAGGUUAUCUCCUCCAUGGACAGCAACCUGGUUUGCAGCCUGCUCAAACUGCUGGACUGUUUCUUUCAACCGUUUAUCCAUCGAGAGGGAGAGAGGCCUCUUCUCCAGGAGAAGCUGGAGCGGCUAAAGGAGCUGAUUGAGCCCUGGUUCAUCUUCUCCCUGGUGUGGAGUGUGGGAGCCACAGGUGAUGCGCCCAGCUGUCAACGCUUCAGUGCCUGGCUCAAGGGCAAAAUGGCAGAGGAGAAGAUAGAGUUGUGUUUCCCCGACGAGGGCCAGGUGUACGACUACCAGCUAGAUGACGCGGGAAUAAGCAGCGUGGAAGACGAAGAGGACGAGGACAGGGGGAGGAAGGUUCACUGGGUCAGUUGGAUGAAAUCCGCUCCGAGCGUGGUCAUCACCCAGGAGACCAGCUACUCUGACAUCAUCGUGCCGACCCCGGACACAGUACGCAUUUCCUUCCUGAUGGAUAUGCUGCUUUCAAACAAGAAACCUGUUCUGUGCAUUGGACCGACCGGCGCCGGCAAGACCCUGACCAUAUCUGACAAGCUGCUGAAGCACAUGCCCGAUGACUAUGUCACACAUUUCCUGAUGUUCUCUGCUCGCACCUCCGCCAACCAGACGCAGGAUUACAUCGAUAGCAAACUGGACAAGAGGCGUAAGGGUGUGUUCGGGCCUCCGCUGGGGAAGUCCUUCAUCUUCUUCAUUGAUGACCUGAACAUGCCCAUUCUGGAGACCUACGGGGCCCAGCCCCCCAUUGAGCUUCUCCGCCAGUGGAUGGAUCACGGAGGCUGGUACGACAGGAAACAAAUAGGAACCUUUAAAAACCUGGUGGACAUCAACUUUGCAUGUGCUAUGGGGCCCCCAGGAGGGGGCAGGAACCCAAUCACUCAGAGGUUUACGCGCCACUUCAACUACCUCUCCUUCACUGAAAUGGAGGACGCCAGCAAGAAAAAGAUCUUCUCCACCAUCCUGGGCCAUUGGAUGGAACCUGUUCCACAGAUCCAGCCUCUGAACGGGCCUCUUGUGGACGCCACUAUCCAGGUCUACGCGACCAUCACCUCCCAGCUCCUUCCAACACCAGCCAAAUCCCACUAUACCUUCAACCUUAGGGACCUCUCCAAGGUCUUCCAGGGCAUCCUGAUGGCUGAGGCUGGCGCAGUAGAGAACAAGGUCCUCUUGCUGCAGUUAUGGUACCACGAGAGCUGCCGAGUGUUCCAGGACCGCCUGGUGAAUCCUGAGGACCGGGAGUGGUUUGAUACACUCCUACAGGCCCGAAUUGAGGAGUUGGGCUCCAGGUUUGAGGAAGUCGUGCCCUCCCAGCCCGUCCUGUUUGGAGACUUCAUGAUCCCUGGAGCCGAGAACAGAGUGUACCGGCUCAUCAAGGACAGGGAGAAGCUGGCGGCCGUCAUGGAGGAGUACAUGGACGACUACAACCACAUCAGCACGGCCAAGAUGAAGCUGGUGCUCUUCAUGGACGCUAUCCAGCAUGUGUGCCGCAUCAGCCGUAUUCUGCGCCAGCCCCUGGGGAAUGCCCUGCUCCUGGGAGUGGGCGGCAGCGGUCGCCAGUCGCUCACCAAGCUCGCCACCCACAUGGCAGAAUACGAGUGUUUCCAGAUUGAGCUGGCUAAGAACUACGGCCUCACGGAGUGGAGGGAGGACAUCAAGGGCAUCAUGCUCAAGGCCGGCCUGCAGAACGUACCGAUCACCUUCCUGUUCGUAGACACCCAGAUCAAGAGUGAGGCGUUCCUGGAGGACGUGAACAACAUCUUGAACUCGGGCGACGUGCCCAACCUGUACACGGUGGACGAGUUGGAGCGCAUCCUGACGGCCAUGAAGCCUGUGGUGCAGGACCUGGGCCAACAGGCCACCAAGGCCAACCUCAUGGCUGCUUAUGUGAAGAGAGUCCGCAGUAACAUCCACACCGUGCUCUGUAUGAGUCCUAUAGGGGAGGUGUUCCGAGAGCGGCUCAGACAAUUCCCCUCCCUGGUGACCUGCUGCACCAUUGACUGGUUCAGUGCCUGGCCAGAGGAGGCCCUCCAGUCUGUGGCUGCCUCCUUCCUCAGCGAGCUGCCAGAGCUGGACGCCAGCCCCACCGCGACCCGAGGCCUGAUCCUGAUGUGCGUGGAGAUGCACCAGAUGGUGGCCAGGAAAUGUGCACAAUACCUGGCUGAGCUGUCUAGGUACAACUAUGUCACACCCAAGAGCUACCUGGAGCUGCUCGUCAUGUUUUCCUCUCUCAUCGGCUGGAAGAAACAGGAGCUGCACAGUGCCCGGGAACGCAUGAAGACUGGCCUGGACAAGCUGCUAAGGACAGCAGAGGAUGUAGCUAAGAUGCAGCAGGAGCUGGAGAUGAUGAGGCCUCUGUUGGAAGAAGCUUCCAAGGACACAGUGAUCACCAUGGAGAAGAUUAAGGUAGACACAGCGGUGGCAGAGGAGACCCGUACGGCGGUGCAGGAGGAGGAAGCCAAAGCCUCAGAGAAAGCCCACGUGGCCGCGGCCAUGGCUGAAGACGCCCAGAGAGACCUGGAUGCUGCGCUGCCAGCGCUGGAUGCCGCCCUCACCAGCUUGAAGUCCCUCAACAAGAACGACGUUGUCGAGGUGAGGGCCAUGCAGCGUCCACCCAAUGGGGUCAAGCUGGUCAUAGAGGCCGUGUGCAUCAUGAAGGGGGUCAAGCCUAAGAAGGUGGCCGGGGAGAAGCCAGGCUCCAAAGUGGAUGACUACUGGGAGCCGGGGAAGGGCCUCCUGCAGGACCCCGGGAAGUUCCUGGAAGGCCUCUUCAAAUACGACAAAGACAAUAUCCCGGACACUGUGAUCAAAUUAGUGCAGCCCUACAUCGAUAACGAAGAGUUUCAGCCGUCUGCCAUCGCCAAGGUGUCCAAGGCCUGCACUUCUAUCUGCCAGUGGGUGCGAGCCAUGCAUGUGUACCACUUUGUGGCCAAGGGUGUGGCCCCUAAACGGCAAGCCCUUCAAGAGGCCCAGGAGGACCUAGCUAUAACCCAGCGCAUUUUGGACAAUGCCAAUGAGAAGCUGGCGCGUGUGGAGGAGGGCAUCGCCACGCUACAGGCCAAGUACCACGACUGCCUGGCCAAGAGGGAUGAGCUGGACAGCAAGUGUCAGCUGUGUGAGAUCCGCCUGGUCCGUGCCGACAAGCUGAUCGGAGGACUGGCAGAUGAGAAGGUCCGUUGGCGGGAGACGGUGCAGCACCUGGAGUACAUGAUCAACAACGUGUCCGGAGACGUCCUGCUAGCGGCGGGAUACGUGGCCUACCUGGGACCAUUCACUGGGGAAUACCGGGCAUCCAUGGCAGAUGAGUGGCUGCGGGGCUUUAAAAGGCUGGAGGUUCCCCACACGGAGGCCCCCUCCCUCGUCAGCACUCUGGGAGACAAGGUCAAGAUCCGUUCCUGGCAGAUCGCAGGGUUGCCUAGGGAUAACUUGUCGGUGGAGAAUGGUUUGAUCGCCCAGUACUCUCAGCGCUGGGCUCUGUUUAUUGACCCACAGGGACAGGCUAACAAGUGGGUCAAAAACAUGGAGCGUGACAACGGAUUGGAUGUGAUGAAGCUGAGUGACCGAGAUUUCCUGCGUAGUUUGGAGAAUGCAGUUCGCUUUGGGAAGCCCUGCUUGCUGGAGAACGUGGGAGAGGAACUAGACCCGGCUCUGGAACCCGUCCUGCUACGACAGACGUUCAAGCAGCAAGGCAGCACUGUUCUGAGGCUGGGAGACGCUGUCAUCCCAUACCACGAUGACUUCAAGAUGUACAUCACCUCCAAGCUGCCCAACCCACACUACUCCCCUGAGAUCUCAACCAAGGUCACCCUCAUUAACUUCACCCUGUCCCCCAGCGGUCUGGAGGACCAGCUGCUGGGCAGGGUCGUGGCUGAGGAGAGGCCUGACCUCGAGGAGGCCAAGAACCAGCUGAUAGUGAGUAAUGCUCGAAUGAAACAGGAGCUGAAGGAGAUAGAAGACCAGAUCCUUCUCCGCCUUAGCUCCUCUGAGGGAAACCCUGUGGACGACGAGGAACUAAUACGGGUGCUGGGGGCCUCUAAGGUCAAGGCCGGAGAGAUCAAGGCCAAAGUGAGGGUGGCUGAGGAGACAGAGCGGGACAUCGACGCCACCCGUCUGGAGUAUGUCCCUGUGGCAGUGCGUUCUCAGAUCCUCUUCUUCUGCGUGUCGGACCUGUCCAACGUGGACCCCAUGUACCAGUACUCCCUGGAGUGGUUCCUGGGCAUCUUCAUGUCGGGCAUCGACAACUCCGACAGAGCGGACACGGUGGAGCGGAGGAUCGUCAACAUCAACCACUUCUUCACCUUCAGCCUGUACAGCAACGUCUGCCGCUCGCUGUUUGAGAAGCACAAGCUCAUGUUUGCCUUCCUCCUGUGCGCUCGGAUCAUGAUGAACGACAACCGCAUCGACACGUCUGAGUGGCGCUACCUGCUGGCCGGAGGAAUGCCCCAGCAGCAGCUGGCCAACCCGGCGGUGAGCUGGCUGUCCGACCGGGCCUGGAAAGACAUCCUGAGCCUCAGCUCUUUGCCCACCUUCUGCAGCCUGGCAGAGAGCUUCCCCAAGCACGUGCUGGGCUUCAAGAAGAUCUUUGAUAGCAGCCAGCCGCACAGGGAGCCGAUCCCAGGGGACUGGAACACCCGGCUGGACUCCUUCCAGAAGCUGUUGGUCCUGCGCUGCCUCAGGGCUGACUGUCUGACUCAGGGCCUGCAGGACUUUGUGUCUGCUCAGCUGGGCCAGCGCUUCAUAGAGCCACAGACUUCAGAUCUGUCGGUGGUGUUUAAGGAGUCGUCCCCGUCCACGCCCCUUAUCUUCGUCCUCUCUCCCGGGACCGACCCCGCAGCUGACCUCUACAAGUUUGCUGAGGUCAUGAAGUUCUCCAAGAAGAUGAGCGCCAUCUCCCUGGGCCAGGGACAGGGGCCCUGGGCUGAGACCAUGAUGCGUAAUGCCAUGGAGAGGGGCAAGUGGGUCUUCUUCCAGAACUGUCACCUGGCGCCCAGCUGGAUGCCCUCCAUGGAGAGACUGAUUGAGAACAUUGACCCAGAUAAGGUACACAGAGAUUUCCGUCUUUGGCUCACCAGCCUGCCCAGCAACAAGUUCCCUGUGUCCAUCCUGCAGAAUGGCUCUAAGAUGACCAUCGAGCCUCCCAGAGGCAUCAAGGCCAACCUGCUGAAGAGCUACCUGAGCCUUAAUGAUGACUUCAUUACUACCUGCUCCAAGCCUGCAGAGCUUAAGUCCCUGCUUCUGUCUCUGUGUCUGUUCCAUGGAAAUGCCAUUGAGCGCAGGAAGUUUGGCCCACUGGGGUUUAACAUUCCAUAUGAGUUCACUGAUGGUGACCUGCGCAUCUGUAUCAGCCAGCUCAAAAUGUUUGUGGAUGAGUACCCAGACAUACCCUAUAAGGUUCUGAAGUACACCGCGGGGGAGAUAAACUAUGGUGGCCGUGUGACCGAUGACUGGGACCGCCGCUGCAUCCUGAAUGUGUUGGAAGACUUUUACUCUCCUGCUGUGCUCAAUAUCAACUACGCCUACACCCCCUCAGGAGUCUACCGGCAGAUCAGCACUGAGCUGGACAUCAAGGGCUACCUGGCUUACAUUCGUACCCUGCCCAUCAACGACACACCUGAGAUCUUCGGUCUCCAUGACAACGCUAACAUCAGCUUUGCCCAGAACGAGGUGUUUGCCCUGCUGGGAGCCGUGGUGGAGCUCCAGCCCAGAGCGGCAGCCAGUGGGGGCAAGGCCAGGGAAGAGAUCGUGGAGGAGAUUGUGGUAGGAAUAGUUGAGAAGAUCCCCCAGCCUAUCGAUGUUCAGGAAGUGGUAACUAAGUACCCUGUCCUGUAUGAGGAGUCCAUGAAUACAGUCUUAAUCCAGGAGGUCAUCAGGUAUAACCUGCUGUUAGCGGUCAUAUCCCAGAGCCUCAGUGACAUAGUCAAGGCUCUGAAGGGUCUAGUAGUAAUGUCAUCAGAGCUGGAGUUGAUGGCCAACAGCCUGUUCAUCAACAAAGUCCCUGAUAUGUGGCAGGCCAAGGCCUACCCCUCUCUGAAGCCCCUGGCCUCCUGGGUGUCUGACCUGCUUCAGAGGAUCAAAUUCCUUCAUGCCUGGAUCUCUGAUGGUGUCCCAGCUGUUUUCUGGAUCAGCGGCUUCUUCUUCCCCCAGGCCUUUCUUACAGGAACACUGCAGAACUAUGCCCGUCGCUCUGCAGUGUCCAUAGAUACUAUCGGUUUUGACUUCAAGGUGAUGAGGGAGCCUGCCUCCGUGCUGACAGUCCGACCUGAGAUGGGCUGCUACAUCCAAGGCCUGUUCCUGGAGGGGGCUCGCUGGGACGACAAGGCAGGCCGGCUGACUGAGUCGCGACCCAAAGAACUCUACACUGAGAUGGCUGUCAUCUGGAUGGUCCCUGAGCCAAACCGCAAACCACCCGCCUCCGGCGUCUACGUCUGCCCCAUCUACAAGACCCUCACACGAGCCGGCACUCUGUCAACCACAGGUCACUCAACCAACUAUGUGAUCGCCGUGGAGCUGCCUACACACACCACCCAGAGACACUGGGUCAAACAGGGAGUGGCUCUCAUCUGCGCCCUGGACUACUGAACACCCUCAACACGCACACACAUGCACUUAAAUUACACACAGAACUCCAACCAGCUGGACUUUCUGGCUCGCAUACAUAUUAUAACCGUGGGGGAGUGUUAUUACGUUACGUUUAAUGUAGGUGUGAUUCUGGUGAGGAGGAGACAGUUUAUUCUGCUUUAAACCCAUCACAUUUCAACUAAUCAGCUAGUAAAGCACACAAUAUGUCCAAUGCAGUUUAAGGUACAUGCCAAGUCUAAAACAGUCUGUAUUUAGUCUAUGCAUAAUAAAUGAUAUACUCCUUCAGAUGUCAGAUUACGCUAUAAGGUUCUUCCUGUCUGUGUUUGUUAAAAUGACUGAAAGUGUUUGGCUGAGCAUAUGUAAUACUAGCUUCUUUUGAAGGAUGCCCAUCAAUCAUUUUUCUAACUCUAUUUUCAGUCCUCUCUUCUGUCAGUAUAUACUCAGAGUGAACAUUGAUUCAACAUUGAAAAUGAGUACAAUAUUUUACUCC